AUGAGCUUUCGGGAUCUGGAAGCAGGAAGGGGCUCGGGUUUUUCAAGGCGUGACAUCGUCAAUGGCAAGCAGGACCCGACCCAAGCCGUGGCCUCAGGCAUUUUCCAGAUCAACACCGCCGUAUCCACCUUUCAGAGGCUCGUCAACACCAUCGGUACCCCCAAGGACACGCCCGAGCUCCGCGAAAAGCUGCACAAGACAAGACUACAUAUUGGUCAAUUGGUGAAGGAUACUUCAGAAAAACUUAAACAAGUUAGUGAAAGAGAUCAUCAUACUGAAGUCAAUGCGAGCAAGAAGAUUACAGAUGCUAAGCUUGCAAAAGAUUUUCAAGCAGUGCUGAGAGAAUUUCAGAAGGCUCAACGGCUUGCAGCUGAGAGAGAAACAGCGUACGCUCCUUUUGUUCCCCAAGCAGUUCUUCCGUCCAGCUACACUGCUAGUGAGAUAGAUAUAAGCUCAGAUAAGAGUCCCGAACAGCGUGCUCUUCUUGUGGAAUCUAGAAGACAGGAGGUCGUGCUAUUGGACAAUGAGAUUUCCUUCAAUGAGGCUAUCAUCGAGGAAAGAGAACAAGGAAUACAAGAAAUCCAGCAGCAAAUUGGUGAAGUGAAUGAGAUUUUUAAAGAUCUUGCUAUAUUGGUUCAUGAGCAAGGAACCAUGAUUGAUGAUAUAGGCUCCAAUAUUGAGGGUGCCCAUGCUGCUACUGGCCAGGCAAAGUCCCAACUUGUUAAGGCCUCAAAGACCCAAAGAUCAAAUUCAUCUCUGAAAAGAGGCCACAGCCAUUUACAAACAAAGCCUAAGCACGAAAGCGGUAGGCGAAGAACACAAACUGUGAGGGACAACCCCGAAACCCAGAACACAAACCAACAAACCCCACAACGAGGCAAACAAGAAGGAACCAAGGGACCAGGGUUAGCUUGGAAUACCCCAGUUCUAAGCAACCUGUAA